UAAAAUUCUCAUAGUUACUACUGUAAAUUUGAAUUUAUACCACACUCAACGAUCAAGAAUUUGUUCAUUCGUUAAAAUUCAUCCACAACAAAACACCACACAUCAAAAAUGUCGAUCAUACGUUGGUUCAUCAUGGAAAUGUUUCCAUAUAAGAAUCUAGAUUGUAUGAGCGUUUAUCUGCAUCGAACUAAAGAUAUUCGUCUGAUGAUAAAAAACGAUGGCCAAUCUAGUUCAUGUGAUUCGGCUCGAUUAAUCAAUAAAUUAAUUUGGUACCAGAUUCUAGAAUUGAUCCGUUAUGGCUUCAUAUAUGCAAUGCCUUUAUCACAUAAACAACGUAUCGUUAUGUUUGAUAUAUUCUAUUUGUACAAUAUGAGCAAUUUAAUGAACAUAUUGGCCAUAAUAGUGACCAUAUUGGGAAUUUAUUUGCUUAAAAAACUUUAUUAUGAAUUACCUGAACGACUAUCAACAAUGAUCAAUUGGAUUGUAUUUAAAAAAGAUUGUCGUUAUUUUAUCCAUAAGAAUCAUAAACAAAACAAUGUUUGUUGUUAUAUUCGUGGUAAAUUGAACGAAUCAAUAAUGCAGAAUCAAAUUUUUGUCAUAUGUUUAGAUUUGUUUACACUCUAUUCAUUGUAUAUAGCCAUCAAUUUUAUUGUAUACACUGAACGUGAUUAUUUUCUCGUUAUGGACCAAUAUUAUGAAUCAUCAAUAUGGAUGAUCAUAAUAAGAUAUGUGAAGAUUGUCCUAAGAAUAACCAUAUUAUUCAUCAAUGUUAUCAUGUUUGAUUGUGCUAAUAUUAUGAUGGCUCAUUGUUAUAUGUUUAUCAUUUAUCUCUUUGUAUUCAUUAGUUAUACAUUUUUCUUGAAAUUAGAUCAAAUCAAUCAAAUAUUGAAUAUUGUUCAACAACGAACGAAAAUCAAAAUGAAUCCAAUUGAAUAUCGUAAAACAUUGUUAUAUUUUUUUCAUUUACAUGGCCACACAUUGGAUCAUAUGAAUCGUGUUGGAUCAUAUGAAUCGGAUUUAUUCACCGGUUAUUUACUAGCUAAUCUACCGAUGAAUUUAUUGUUAAUUAUCACCACAUUUUUUCUACGUAAAAAUCAAUUAAUUGAACAGAAAGGCCUAUACUUUUUCUGUACAUUGGUCAUUUUGCAACAAAUAAUCGGCUUUUUCAUCGUUCAUUUAUUAUGUACUAUUUAUACGAUAAAAAUUCAUAAAUGUUCACGACCAUUAAUUUAUUUGUUUGCACAUUAUUAUAAAUAUGAGCCCAUUCAAUUACGAUUACGUCAUAGUAAUUAUAUUGAAAGAAUGCAUAACAAUAAACGCCUAGGACUAACAUUAGGUGGAAUACAAUUAAUGAAUAUGCGUUUCUUCAUUCAGUUUCUUUUGUAUUAUAUACAAGGUUUACUCAUGACUUAUUCGCUUCUAAAUUAUGGAACAAUUUAAUCAU